AUGAAAAUCUCAGCAAUUCUCUGCUGCAGGCACAUACAACAUAGCUGUGUGACUUCGUCUUCUUCACUACCAUGGAUAUCUCCUCUUAACUUUACAAAACCUGCAGAACCUAAACUAGACCCACCUCCUGAAAUCAGUGACUCUGAAACGAGGAAGAAGAAAAAAUAUAUCACUCAUGAUGUUGCUAUCAAUUUGAUCAAACGAGAGAAAGAUCCGCAGCAUGCCUUGAAAAUAUUUAACAUGAUAUCAGAACAAAAGGGGUUUUAUCACAACAAUGCUACCUAUGCAUCGAUUCUUCAAAAGCUUGCUCAGUUUAAGAAAUUUCAAGCCGUUGAACGGGUUCUGCAUCAAAUGACCUAUGAAACUUGUAAAUUUCACGAGGGUAUAUUUAUCAACCUUAUGAAGCAUUACUCAAAAUGUUCUUUUCAUGAAAAAGUGCUUGACACUUUUUUCUCUAUUCAGACAAUUGUUCGGGAAAAGCCCUCUCCCAAAGCUAUCAGCUCUUGUCUCAAUCUCUUGGUUGAUUCGAACCGGGUUGAUUUGGCGCGACAGUUACUCUUGCAUGCCAAGAGGAGUUUAAUUUAUAAGCCAAAUGUCUGCAUUUUCAAUAUCUUGGUGAAGUACCAUUGCAAAAAGGGGGAUCUUGAAUCUGCUUUUGAAAUUGUUAAAGAAAUGAGGAAGUCCAAGUAUUCUUAUCCUAACAUUAUUACCUACUCAACCCUGAUGGAUGGUCUCUGUCGAAACGGAAGACUUAAAGAAGCUUUUGAUCUCUUUGAGGAAAUGCUUUCGAAGGAUCAGAUUGUGCCUGAUCCCCUUACUUACAAUGUUUUGAUUAAUGGGUUUUGCCGUGGAGGGAAACCUGAACGCGCUAGAAAUGUUAUUGAAUUUAUGAAAAAUAAUGGAUGCUGUCCUAAUGUAUUCAAUUACUCUGCCCUAGUAGAUGGAUUAUGUAAAGCAGGAAAACUAGAAGAUGCAAAAGGGGUUUUGGCUGAGAUGAAGAACUCUGGUUUGAAACCUGAUACGGUUACCUACACUUCUUUGAUAAAUUUCUUCUGUAGGAAUGGGCAAAUUGAUGAGGCUAUAGAGUUGCUUAAAGAAAUGAAGGAAAAUGAAUGCGAGGCUGAUACUGUUACAUUCAAUGUGAUACUUGGAGGAUUUUGCAGAGAAGGUAGAUUUGAUGAGGCUUUGGAUAUGGUUGAGAAACUCCCACACCAAGGUGUCUAUUUGAACAAAGGUAGUUACAGGAUUGUGCUAAACUCCUUAACUCAAAAAUGUGAGUUGAAGAAGGCAAAUAAAUUAUUAGGGUUAAUGCUAAGUAGAGGGUUUGUACCCCAUUAUGCUACCUCGAAUGAAUUAUUGGUUCGUCUUUGUAAGGACGGGAUGGCUGACGAUGCUGCUAUGACUCUAUUUGCUUUAGUGGAUAUGGGGUUCCAGCCACAACUUGAUUCUUGGGAGCUUUUAAUCGAGUUAAUCUGCAGAGACAGAAAGUUAUUGUAUGUUUUUGAGCUAAUUGAUGAAUUGGUAACAGCUGCAAAUUCUUGA